UGAAAGCUUCUAAUUGUAGGCAUAUCGAAAAUAAAUGCAAACUCUUUUAAAUACAAAAAAAUCUUAAAGUUUCAAGUGCUAAGACGUGCGUUAUUUGAUAUACAUUAUCUGCCGAAAUAGCAAAUAAAAAAGAUCUUAUAAGCUCUCACGCAUCAUCUCAAGAACUCACCUAUAAAAAUAAUGUGUUUCCCAGAGAAGGUUGAUGGAGGAGCUCUUUUCCAGAAAGUUGCCACAGGAAUUGGUAGCCUGCUUUGUCUGAAUUAUGGAGUUCUUUUUGGAAUCACUUCAUCAAAUAUAAUUCUUUAUCAAUCAGCAAAUUCUCCUCUGGUGAGAAUAAUUGAUAAUGAAGCUGCAUCGAAUAUAAGCGCAUAUCUUUGCUUAGGCGGACUGGUUGGCUCAUUAGUUUUUGGACUUCUAUCGGAUAGAAUUGGACCAAAAACAGCGUUAUUGUUGUGUGGACUAUUGCAAAUUAUGUCCUGGUUCUGCAUUUUGUUUGGUUACAAUAUCGAUCACAUUUAUAGCUCUCGAAUAGCUGGAGGUCUUGCAGCCGGUGGAGCCUUUACAGUAUUACCAAUAUACAUUAAAGAUAUUUCCGAAGAAAAAAACAAACCGUUCCUAGAAGCAAUUAUUGAACUAUUGCGAAAUGUCGGUAUUUUAGUUGGAUUCUUGUUGACAUCUUCAGCUCCUUACGAAUAUUUACCAAUCAUAGGAUUAUGCAUUUCAUUCAUGUUCAACAUGUUUUUUCCCUUCAUGCCGGAAAGCCCAUAUUAUCUUAUGCGAAUUGGUGAAAUAUCAUUGAUGGAAAAAUCCCUCAGAUGGCUUCGAGGAAUUCGAAAAAUCGAUGAUCGAAAUAAGCCUGAGUUUAUUGAUGAAUUGAAAAAUACUUUUGGACAAGAAGUUAACAGUCAAGCAACAACCAUUGGAAACAUAAAAUCAUCUAAAGGCAAUUUCUUACGUCUUAUAAUUGUCAGUAUUGUCUUGGUGAUAACAAAUCAAUUUUGUGGAAUAUUUUUAAUAUUUAACUAUGCUGACACAAUUUUUAAGAAUCUUAAUUAUUCGUCAACGACAACGCAGUGGGCUACAAUUACACUAGCAGGUUCGCAACUGGUUGGCUCUUUAUUUAAUAUUUUAUUACAAGGAAAACUUAAAAGAAAGACACUUCUAGUGUUGACAACAUUUUUGUCAGGAGUUUCUUUAAUUAGCUUAGCCACAUUGAUGACAUACAAUAAUGUGAUGACUGCACAGGAAAUGGAGUACAUUGCUUUAGGUAUCUUAACCGUUUUUAUACUGAUAGCAAAUAUUGGAUUUAACUCACUGACAUUUGUUGUUAUUUCCGAUAAUUCGACAGAAAAGAUUAGAGGAAAGGCGAUAACUCUGUCAAGGAGUUUAAUGUGGUUUCUGGGAAUGGUGAUUGUGAAGUUUUAUUACAUUUGCAACGACUCAAUUGGAUUCGCAGGACUUCUUUGGGUAUUUGGAGGAUCUUGUAUGUUUGGAUUUUUUUUGUUGAUAUUGUGUUUACCAGAAAGUCAUUGCAAAACAGAUUCCGCAAUUGAUGGUAUUGGCAGUUGGAAAAAUCAAACACAGAAAUGAUUUAUGUCUGAGCUAAAAAACUAAUAAACUCUUAAUAUUAUGUAUAGUAUAUAAUCUA